UCCAGGGGUGCCUUCUCGGAGGUGGUGCUGGCGGAGGAGCGGACGACCCGCAAGCUGGUGGCCAUCAAGUGCAUCACCAAGAAGGCGCUGGAGGGCAAGGAGACCAGCAUCGAGAACGAGAUCGACGUCCUGCACAAGAUCCAGCACCCCAACAUCGUUGCUCUGGAUGACAUCUAUGAGAGCAGCAGCCACCUCUACCUCAUCAUGCAGCUGGUGUCGGGCGGGGAGCUGUUUGACCGCAUAGUGGAGAAGGGCUUCUACACGGAGCGUGAUGCCAGCCAGCUCAUCCGGCAGAUCCUGGACGCCGUCAAGUACCUGCAUGACAUGGGCAUCGUGCACCGUGACCUCAAGCCCGAAAACCUGCUCUAUUACAGCCUGGACGAGGACUCCAAGAUCAUGAUCAGUGACUUCGGGCUGUCCAAGAUCGAGGGCUCCGGCAGCGUCAUGUCUACGGCGUGCGGCACGCCCGGCUACGUGGCCCCGGAGGUGCUGGCGCAGAAGCCCUACAGCAAGGCGGUGGAUUGCUGGUCCAUCGGCGUCAUCGCCUACAUCCUGCUGUGCGGCUACCCCCCCUUCUACGACGAGAACGAUGCCAAGCUCUUCGAGCAGAUCCUGCGGGCCGAGUACGAGUUCGACUCGCCCUACUGGGACGACAUCUCCGACUCGGCCAAGGACUUCAUCAAGCACCUGAUGGAAAAGGACCCGGGCAAGCGCUUCACCUGCGAGCAGGCCCUGCAGCACCCCUGGAUCGCCGGGGACACGGCGCUGGACAAGAACAUCCACCAGUCCGUCAGCGAGCAGAUCAAGAAGAACUUCGCCAAGAGCAGGUGGAAGCAAGCCUUCAAUGCCACGGCGGUGGUGCGGCACAUGCGAAAGCUGCAGCUCGGGACAAGCCAGGAGUUGCCGGGGCCCACGACGCCGACCAGCCCCUGCCGCAGCGACCAGCUCAUGCCGGGCCCCAGCGACGGCUCCGACUCCAGCAGCUGCGACCGGUCGCCAGGGAAUGACUGCCUGCAGCUGCCCCCGGACUGACGCCCCCCGCAGUGCGCAGGGCCCAGCCUUGCCCCCGCUGCUCUUGCCAGGUCACGGGCUGAGCCGCUCGGGCAUGGGGUAGGACUCUGCGCGCCUGGCUGGUGCGUCCGGGC